UGCUGCCGUGAGAGAAGAGAUUAGUCGGAGCUGGAUGUUUCAUAACAUUGGGUCGUGUUGAAGGACCGGGUGUCAGCUAUAGUCGCUUAUUUAUCGAGUGUGCAGAAAAAAUAUUCCCACUGGUACUAACUGAUACUGGGAGGUGGUGUACUGUGUGUUCGAUUCCCGAAUGUUGAUCGAAGUGGAUCGGAUUUUCCGUCGAGUGAUUUGAUUGUUGGGGGAGAAAAACGUUAACUCGGUGGUGAAUAUUCAUUCCAUUUCUGCUUUCGUUUAAUUCGGAUUUGGUCAAAGGCAACGUAUUUAUGCAGACUGGAUAAAUAGGCAAAUUAAAAGGUUACAAUCAAGGCAUUGUGGUUGGUGCGGAAGAAACAACGAUUCCGGAAAAGUGAGCACACGAUGGUGAAAGCAGAAAGAAUGUUAGUGGUUUAGAGAUUCCAGUUCGGGUCAGAAGGCUAAUUUCCGUACCAGUUCAAAAUACGAAUACUCUGUCCGUGCGUAUGGGCGUGUGAUUCGUUUGUGAAACGAAGCGAAAGCACAUUGAAGAGGGGGGUAGAAAUCAGCAUGCCGAGCUUGGCCGUAUAAUAUAGAAAAGGAUUGCUUUGUGGAAGAAAGGCUCUGCCGAGAGAAAGGAGUGCAAAAACGAUCCAGAAGCUCGGGAAACACACCAAACAAACAGAUCAAAUAUAAUGACACUGAUCCUAUCUUGGCUGUUCAUUUUGGUACUGAUUGUACCGGAUCUUUCGUCCAGCCUGCUGCACUGUCCGUCCCGAUGUCACUGCGACGACGAAAAGCUGGACGUCAACUGCGAGGAAGGUCACCUGGAUGUGGUACCGAUCGCGCUGAAUCCAUCGAUCCAACGAUUGGUGAUUCGAAACAACAAGAUCCGAAUCAUUGACUCGUCGGUGCAGUUCUACUCGGAGCUGACGCUGUUGGAUCUGAGUUUUAACUAUCUGUUCAACAUACCGGAUCGUACCUUUGCCCGGCAGAAUAAACUUCAGCAGCUGCAUUUGAACCAUAACAAAAUCAGUGCAGUGUCCAACAGGACAUUUGUUGGGUUGGGUGAAUUGCUGGUGUUGAAUUUGAGAGGGAAUUUAAUAGAUUUAAUUGAACCGAUGUCAUUUUCGCCCUUAACAAAACUGGAGGAACUGAAUCUUGGACAGAAUCGAAUAACCAGUAUUGGAUUGUCGACCAAGGGGCUGCUAGGACUGAUGGAUCUUAAAAUCCUAUAUCUGGACGAUAAUCGUUUGGAAGUGGUACCGCCGGAGGAAACCUUUCGACCGGUGGACAAGUUAGCUGAGUUGUACAUCGGGACCAACUCGCUGAACAUGAUUCGCGAUGGAGCAUUUUCUGUACUGUCAGAACUAACUUUAUUGGAUUUGAGAAGCACUCUGUUGAGUAACAUAAGCAGUGGUACAUUUGCGGGAAUUGAAAACAUCAAAUGUCUUAAUUUAGCUGAUAAUCGAUUUCAAAGAAUUCCAACGAAACCGUUGGAAAUUCUGAGACGAUUGGAAGAGUUAUCAAUUGGUCAGAAUUAUUUCGAAACAGUUCCAGGCAACUCGUUUCGAGGAUUGUCAAAUUUGAAACGGUUCGAAUUGAGAGGUUCGUUGUAUUUGAAGCGAAUCGAAAGAACUGCAUUCCAAACUAACACCAACCUGGAGAGUAUUGCUAUCGAGUCAAAUAAGGCCCUGAGCGUACUGGAAGAGGAAACAUUCUCUGGAUUGCUGUAUCUGAAGCAUCUGAGCCUACGGAACAACGGAUUCGAACAGUUGGAUGAGAAUAUGUUCUCCUGGAACAGUUUGCGUACGUUGGACAUUUCCGAUAAUCCGAUAAAUUGUGAUUGCUACUAUUCGAAACUCCUGCACCGGUUGCAAACGACCAACCGAAUCAGCUACAAUGCAACCGGCUGUCCACACCAUCUACCGGAUCAGUGGGAAUGCGAGUACAUCUUGGACAAGAACAAAAAUCUCAUUUCGGUUCUGGUGCUGGCGGUGGCCAUCGUGACAGCCAUCGCUCUCACCUUUUACCGCUUCCGGGGGCUGCUGCGAGAGUACGUUCACAACGGGUGCAAGAACAAAUCACACGUGGCCGGUGGGGUAAGUCCGGUGAUCGGCGGAGACAUCAACAGGGUGGAUUAUGAGAAGGCCAUCACCGAGGAUGAUUACGUGAUCCGGCAGAGCAAUUUGUACAGCAAUCAGGUGCAACCGAUUCUGAACGGCUAUCCGGGCUACAUGCAGCAGAAUAAUAUCUACUAUAACAAGCCGCUCCCGAUUACCGAGUUAUAGUAUUGAAAGCUAGUCGAGUGUGAUGCCAGUCUGUAAAUUUGAUUAGGCUACGUGUUUCGGGGGUGCUUAUUUUUGUGGCAUAGGGCUUUCCUUCUUGGCGCCAUAACAAACUUGCAUCCGCUGGCGACGAUGUUGCAGGUGAUGCAGGUAUUUUCGGUUUGGGGCCCGUAUGCAACGGGUUGUAAGCAGACAAAACACGUCGGACGUCCCAGUUCGAUCCGUAUUCCCAUGCGUUGCAUAUGGACUCGUUAUGAUAAUAGCAGUUGGAUAAUCCUGUUCGUUAUUCAAUUAAAACAAACGAGACGUGCUGAAAAUUAAACCAUGUACUAGAUAGCGCAAACAUCGUUCGGCGGAGCACGCGACGAAGAAUUUCAGAUCAAGUGAAAAAGUUUUUCAGUUGUACUGUUUUACACACUCUCCGGUAUGUUUCUGGUGUUUGGUUCCCAGAAAGCGCACCGCACCAGGUAUCGCCACGUAUAAUCCCUACUGGGAAUCCACCCGAGAAACACCAUGCCACCCAUCAACCCCCCAACAUCCACAAGCACCGUCGAGCUAUUCUCGAUAGCCCGGUGGACCAACCGAGCAGAACGUUCAACAUAACGGCCACGAAAGGCUGCUCAGUUAUACGUGACCCUAAAUGAGUAGGAGUAUGAAAGCGGUAAUAAUUCCAUGGAAAUUAUAGCAAUACCAUUUAAAUUUUAACUGUAAUUGUUAAAGGUUAGUGAAAAAUAGCGGGGAAAUUAUCCGAGACCGGUUCUUCUUUCAGUUUGUGCAGUGCUGAAUGUUACUUCGUCUCCUCUCCUCUCUCAAACAGGUGAUGACGCGGGAAAUGGGCGUUCAGGAUUUUUAUCACUGGUUGGAGAGUGUGUGUGUGUGUGUGUAUGUAUGAAAGGAAGAAUGUGCGGUUUACCCUCUAGAUGGGUGUAAAUGUAUGUGGUUUCGGUCGUUGAAAAUUUGCUUUGAUGAUGGUUAACCUUCGCAGAAUUGACGAGGAAUGUUUGGAAGGUAUUUUGUUCGCAUAAACAGAGAACUGAUGUGAUUCUGAGAGGUCAAUUUUUAAAGCAAAACAAACAGGUAUAAAUCGAUUCAGUUUCACUGGACCUCUCUAAAUUGACAAUGUGAUUGCUUGAUAAUGGAAAAUGUUUUCGUGAUAUUCGAUCCGUUGAAAAUAUCCGAUGAAUUUUCGUUUCGAAAAUUCUCAAUUUCGCAGCCAUUGAACAAUUUCUGUUCUUAUUUUGUGCUAUUCAUUUCUAGACUAUCUAAGCGACAUCUUUGAGGAUUAUUUAUCAAAAAUUCAGGUCUACAGCGCUUCGAUCAAAGGUCGGUUUUUCUAGCAACUCUCUAUCCUUUCCUUUCUAUGGAGAAAGGCAAAUAGCUUGAGAGGGUUUCAAAGACGAGUGAUUUUGAAAUAUUUUUUUAUAUCUGUUAAAAAAAGAAAAUUUCAUGUCAUGUCAUUAGCGAAACUGCGUCAACUCAUGGACUAUCGUUGAACAAGUAAUUUGCGAAUUUGACUGAAUCAAAAUCUUAUACAAAUGUAAAAUAAUUGUUCUAAAGAUUAUCAUAUGAAAUCGAAAUUCGAUCUAUUAUUGUAUUUUUUUCGAUUAGGAUAAAAUUUUGCAUAAGUAUUCUUCAUGACCAAAAAGGUAAUUCGCAUCAUCAAUUAGCCAUUUGAACUCUAUCGUUACUAUUGGGAAGAACCUAAGCAAAAAUUUUAUUGAAAAUUUUUAAACAGCUAUGCAGAAACGGUUUGUUAGAUUGAUUUGGUCUGUCCGGGAAUGUUUUAGGUAACUAAAGACUGUCCCAGAAAGUGUGGACGCACUUUGAUUUCGCUGUAAAUAAUUCACAAGUGUUAGAUAUUCAAAUUUUAUUCGAUAUACUGAUAAUAUUAGACUACAACAACAGAAUAUUAUUCUCAACAUUUGCUACUUAGCCAUUGUAGACUAGCUGGCGCACCUUUUUGCGAACGUUCCUCAUUAAAUUCCGUACAGACUUCUUGGCGACAAGUUUUGACACUUUUUUCCAAUCUAUUUCGAACUGUUGAAUGGUUUCGGUUUCCGAGACAUGUUUUCUUAGAUGUGCCUUCGUUAAUGCCCAAAAUUCCUCAAUUGGUCGAAGUUGUGGGCAAUUUGGUGGAUUCAUGUCUUUUGGGACGAAAGUGCCAUUUUUAGUAGUAUACCAUUCUACCGUUGAUUUCGAGUAGUGGCAAGAAGCAAGAUCUCACCAGAAGACAACAGGAUCCUUGUGGCUUCGAAUCAUGGGUAGAAGUCGUUUUUGUAAACAUGCCUUGAUGUAUAUUUCGCUGUUCAUUGAAGCAAUGGUGAUGAAGGGUUUCGAAAUCUUACCGCAGCUACAAAUUGCUUGCCAGACCAUAGUUUUCUUACCAAAUUUUUCGACUUCAAUCGAUGUCUCGGACUGGUUUAACACUUGCCUUCUCGCACCGUAUAUUAUUGUGUUCCCGGCAAGGAUUUGUAAUCGAGUUUCACGUAGAUUUCGUCGUCAAUGAUUAUGCAGUUCAUAUUUCCAGCAAGAAUCGUAUUGUACAGCUUUCGAACCCUCGGCCUGAUCGAUGCUUCUUGUUUCGGACUACGUUUUGGUUGUUUCUGCUUCUUAUAGGUUCAAACGUUAUUUAGCACGAAGAACAUUUGACUUCGAAGUGCCCACUUUUUUGGCCACAUCCCGAACUGAAACCUCCUUCUUUUGCUCGAACGCCUUCAGUAUACGUUUAUCCAACUGAGGUAUAACAGGACUUUUUUUUCGACCCGUUUUCGGUUUAUCCUCAAAGGUGUUAUCCUCACCGAAUUCCCUGAUUGCAUUUCGCACGGCUUUUUCACUUACUCCUUCCAUUUUUGCUAUCUUCCUCAGUGACAGUCCGCGUUCUGUGCACCAUUUGUACACAAUUUUUCGACGUUGUUCUGCUGAAAGUCCACGCAUUUCGAAACAAACUAAUGAAAACGAAUAAACAACUGCACAAGUGGUUAGAGAAGAGUGUAAACAACAGGACGCAGCCAUAAAAAUUGACAGAUUGUGAACCAUUGCGAAAUGGCAGCGGUUUUUGGUUGCGUCCAUACAUUCCUGGUUUCGCUCAUGUUUCCGUAAAGAAUAUUUGAGUCAUUCAAGGGCUUUGAUACCUCAUUGGUAACCAGUUUGUAAAAAGUUCGAAUGGUACUAACAUGACAUUAGAAAGAUUAAAACGUAAGAUCUGCGCUGCGAUUAUACAAUCCAUUGGAGCAAAAUCAAAUCAAAAUAGUGGAGUUAACAUCGAAAGUGCGAAAAAAUUGUGCAUGGUAGCUGUUGCAUUCUUCACGCGUCUCUUCUACAAUAACAUCGUGCUGGAAUCAUUUGGUUCAUUUGUGGAAUAGGUAUGAAAGUCGUGUAAUCAGAAAUAUUUGGUUUCAAAACAUUUGUUCACGCUUACUGUUCGUGUUUUAAACCAAAAGUGUUCAAAUAUUCUCUCAAUAAACAAUUGGUACUGAAAAGACAGUUACUGAAACCGCUCACGUUGUCGUAAUUCAGAGCAGCACUUGAUUCGCUCCGACACGACGUCCAGUGCAAUGAUCCGACUCGAUCAACCGAAAAUUGUAUUAUAAAUUAGAAUUUAAUUAGAAAUCAGUUUAGUUACGGAGUUGGGUUUGUUCAAUAUGAAAAAAAAACUACAUUUUCAUAAAUCCAUGAAGAAUCAGAAUUGCGGCCCGUGAGUAGAAUAUUAAGACCUAAGGCCUAAACCAUCGUUGGCCGUGGUCUAAUGUACAAAUAAACGAGUGUGUGUGUGUGUGUUUUUUUACAGAACGGCUCUUCCGAACAGAAUGAAGAUUCUGCCGGUUUCGGACCAACCCAUCCGGCCAGAAUGAUAAUAGCGGUUGUACAAGCUGACGCUUUGGCUACCCCGAAAAGCUGCUCUUUUAUUCACCAUUACUGGCGCCCCAAUCCCCAAUCCGGUGUGAAUUGGCGGCGGGCCCAGCGUGGUUCAGGUUUUCGCAUUCCCGUCCGCCAGUCGGUGGCUGUACAUGAAUUUGUAAUUACGAACAUAUACGUUUCGGUUUUAGUUGAACUGGAUGAGAGAGACAGGGCUUUUUUUUGUUUGUCUGCGGUGCUGAUGGUGGCCGGCCAGUUGGUAGGGACUAAACAUUAACAGCACAUUUAGCGGCAACUGUUCGUUGAAUUUUUCAGUCGCAAUUGCCAGGAUACUCGCCUCAAUGGCAGUGCGGUCGAGACGGUCUGGCGCGUUUUUAAUGUGGCGUCCGUUCAAACGAGAAAACGAUGAUUAUGGGUGGAGUUGUAGGAUUCUAACAUGUCAAUGGGAUUGAAUAGUUUGAUUAAACAAUUCUGAGUUCAGCGAUGACCCUAGCAUCGAAAAGAAAUGUGAAUAUUUUUACACAAAUAUCUUAACCCAUGUUUAACUAGUUUGAUAAUCAAAAACGUUCUACAGAAAAUCGUUUCCCAGACUGAUCUCACGUCAUUUUUCUGGUAUCCCACAUCAGAAUCCAGUGUCAUCAUCCACCACUGAACCCUUCGCAUAUAUUAUAUUAAACCAUAUAAUCUCGAUUGGGACCUAUGUUGGGUUUGUCUGUUUGUUUCCGGCACUCGGAACGUUUAUGUAUCCGAUCUUCAAAAGGACGACUCUUCCGGGAAUCGUUCCUGUUUUUGCCACCAUCAAACAUUUGCAUAUCUUUUCGAGUUCGGGCUCCGUCGGUGGCAUUUCGUCGUCGAUCUCUCGACCGCUAGGUUCUGACGGUGAAAGUUGAGAUGAAUUUUGAUUUCAGGUUGGGUUGCCGAAGCCGCACCCAAAUGACGGUACACUUGAGCGGAAAUGUUUUGUUGACUUCAAUUAGGCCUUCUGCAAAGGUGCAAAUUAUAGUCUGUUCGUUUCUGAGUGUGUGUGAGAGAGCGAAAAGGACUGUGCGGUCUAGUUGAGAAGAGGGGAUGAGGUUUUACGGGAGCUGAUAGGGAUACUGAGUUUGUGAAAAUUGCAGAUUAUGAUAAGCGGAGACUUUUACAAGUGAGAAGUAGGAAAUACAGCAAAGUGGAAACCGAAAAGAAGAAAAAGGAGGAAUAAAACGUAAUGGGAUUAUCCAAAAAGAAAGGCUAUUACCCGCCUCUGAAUGCCGUGGCAUUUAGGAUAAAUUAUGUAAAUGUGAGUAAAUUUUUAACUUGAGUUAUUAUUUUAUCACUUUCAUCUGAGCGCGAUGUUCGGUGUAAGGACACAAAAAGGUAGCACGACUUGGCCUCGGUGUCGGUGUGUGCUGCGCUUUCGAAGCCCAGAAGGCGGUAAUUUUAUCAGAAGGAAGUUAUGAAUAUUUAUCAAGCUAGCUCGUGAGUAAUGGAGCAAGUCUGGCGGAAGCCGGAUUAGAAGUAUAAUUUCACUUAUCACAAAUGUCGUACCUUUCCUCAGUUCGAAACAGUCGGAAUCAUUCCAAACAUUUUAUGGUACUACUUAGGCGACUUAAUGGAACGGCAUAUACCUAAUGCAAUACAAACUUAGUGAACAGGACAGCAGAUAUCAAACAUAGUCUUUUAGGCACUUGUUACAUUCCAUUUUAGUGUAUGGAUGAGUAUAGAUAUCCUAAGACAUAAAUACAUCCAUCAGUACCAAUACGAAACAAUCGCGCAUAAAGCCAAUGAACUCGAAUUGAUCAAAACAUUCCAGUUAGACUAAUAUUAUAGUACAUAAACCAUAAACUGAUCUGUAAACGAAUUUCACUGCGUUUGUGAGAUUUUUCUUUGAAUACAAUAAGCAUAUUGUUAAGAAUAACCAUUGAAGUGGCUUUAUUUAUAAAAUAUCUGUACAAUAUCAUCAAAAGUGUGUAAUAUAAGCUGAAAAACAAAAUAUGUUAAUUGAAAUAGUGUGUGAAAUUUGAAACUAAGACUUUGACUUACAACGGUAUUGAUUAAAUAUUAUGUGAAAACAAAACACUUCACUCAAAGACAAAAAUGUAUAUCAUAAUUUUUUUUUAAUCAAUCUUUAAUAUAAUGAACCCAUUGUU